AAUAAUCAUUUCAGGCUGUUUCUGAUCCCGUGGUGUGUGAAGAACUACAGGCACCAUGGAUCCAAAGCAAAUGUUGAAUUAUGUGAAAUCUCCUCCAAAAAUGAGUAUAACUUGCCUUGUUAUUUCAAAACUGCUGUUGCUGGCUCUUCCCAUUGCUCAGAUUUCAAUAGGUGCAGUGUAUCUGCAAGACUGUCCCCAGCAGCACUAUAUCCCAGUGUAUGUGCUGGUUUGCGGAGUGUUUAGUUUACUUCUGGCCUUGCUGUCUUGUCUGCCCUGUGCCAGGGAGACGGAGGAGGGGGGUCAAACUGUGCUCAGCCGUACCUUCAAUGUGUGGAAUUCUCUAGUUUCUACCUUCAUGUUCUGUUGGCUGAUCUGUGGCAGUGUGUGGAUUUAUUCUAUUUAUCCUCCUAACUACAACCAAACCGUGGCUGGAGAUCCCUACUGCAAUAAGACCCUCUACCUGUUUGCAUUCUGGACCACAACACUGGCAUAUAUUCUGAUAGGUCUGGUGGUGGUGCUUGGGUGCUGUGUUUGUAUCUGUGCUUUCAUUUUUGGAAUAGGACAGCAUUAGCAAAACCAACUUAUCUUGAUGACAGGGUUUUGAUGGUUGGUGUGAUAUAAUCACAAAACCAAUAUUAACCAAUAUUAAAUUGUCUUUAAAACCUUUGGUAGCAUUUUGAGCAUUGAAAGUAAAGGGAACUGAUAUUAUUGU